GAAUCUGUAAAAUCAAUGGCGCCGUCUAUCGAUUUUUCGAGCAACGUUGCCAUUUUGACAACUGGCUGUCAAACAUUCGCCGACCCUCAAGAGAUGAUAGAUCUUUUCCAAAAAAACGAAAAAAAAUCGCAAAAUAUUUCGAAAAAGGCAAAAGACUGGGAAAUUUUAAGUUCUAGGAAGGAUUAUGUGCUCGAUUCAAUUAAAACAUUAUUAAUUUUUAUUGAAUUGUACCUCAGAAUAAAAUUAUCCUGAUGGAUUGGAUGUCUCCGAGCUCUCGUCCCCAUUCAACAUUGUCACAGCUGGGUAGAACAAACCAUGUCACAGAAUUUGUACCCAGAAUGAACAAUUCUCCAAACACAACUCUCAAUAAUUUCUCAUUGAGUAGCUCUUAUGCUUCAAUAUCACCUUCAGCUGCAACUUUUUUGAGUAAAAAAUUUGAAGAACCAGAGCUUCAAUCUACAGGUAAAACCACCAACUUGAAAAUUUUCAUAAAAAUUAAUUCAAUACCAAAAGGAGCAAUCUCAGUAAGUCAAUCGCCAUCCCAUUCAAGCUCACCCAUAUCCCAUCAAGAAAAACUUAAUUCAACCAAUGGAGGCUCAGUAGUACCUUACCAAGAAAAUGUAGGAGGUACCACAUAUUUUUAUCAAUAUCCUGCCACAACCCAAGAGCACAAUGAAGAAACUGCAGAUACCUUACAAACUCCCACCUCGCAAUCUUCCUCAGAUUACACCCCAUUCCCUGGCAAACCGGAACCCUCAUUUUUCAUAUCCGAAGAACUAAAAAAUGACAUUUUAAACCGCAACAUGCUCACCCUUCUCCAACCCGAUCCCGCCCAGUAUCCGGAUCUUCCACAAGAAGUCGACAGCUAUCACGAAUUGUUUCCACUAGAACCAAUUUCCAAUCAGGUAUUGCACAAGGCCCAUUUAGGCUAUCAAGCGUCCAUGUAUAAAGCCACGCACAUCAAAACCGGAUUGCAUUAUUGCCUGAGGAGAAUCCACGGAUUUCGUUUGCAAAAUACCAAAUGCAUGUCCCUGGUGGACUUGUGGAAAAAACUAAAUCAUUCCAAUAUUGUACAGCUUAAAGAGGUAUUUACUACAAAAGCUUUUGGUGAUAAUUCUAUGGUAUUUGUAUAUAGCUAUCAUCCAGGAUCUGAAACGUUACUCAACAAACAUUUCUCCAUCGACCAACCUGGGUAUACGGAUCCGUUUACCAACGACAAGUCCACGCCGAUGCCCUACAGCUACCAGAAAAACAACUUGUUGAGGCACCAGCAAAACAACAAACUGCCGGAGCCGUUGAUUUGGAACUACAUUAUACAGCUCACUUCGGCUCUGAGGUUAAUUCAUUCCAACGCUUUGGCCUGUCGCAGUUUAGAUCCUACAAAAAUAAUCCUCACUUCGAAAAACAGAUUAAGACUAAGCUGUUUAGCUGUGAUGGACGUGGUGCUGCACGACAGCAACUCAGCAAUAAACCAUUUGGCCUUGGUGCACGCUUACCAGCAAGAAGAUCUCACUGCUCUGGGCAAGUUGGUGCUGGCUCUAGCUUGCAAAUCAACUAUUGCGGUGCAACGCGAAAACAUCACAACGGCCUUGGACGUGGUGAGCCGCACUUAUACUAUGGAUCUGAGGAAUUUGAUCAUGUAUUUGCUGACCAAUCAACGUAGAAGCGUGACGGAUUUGAUGCCGAUGAUUGGAGCGAGGUUUUACACUCAAUUAGAUAACUUGCACAGUCAUAUUGAAGUGUUGGAUACGGAGUUGAGUAAAGAAGUGCAAAAUGGGAGGUUGUUUAGAUUAAUGACCAAACUUGCUAGUAUAAAUGAAAGGCCCGAGUUUAAUAUGGAAACUUCUUGGUCUGAAACUGGAGAUAGGUAUAUGCUUAAGUUAUUUAGAGAUUUCGUCUUCCAUCAAGUUAAUGAAGAUGGCCAGCCUUGGAUGGACAUGGCGCACAUUGUACAAUGCCUCAACAAGUUGGAUGCUGGUGUACCUGAAAAAAUUUGCCUCAUGUCUCGAGAUGAGCAAAGCAUUUUGGUAGUUUCCUACAUGGAAUUGAAACACUGUUUGGAACAAUCUUUUCAGGAGGUUUCCAACACUCACGAACUGUCAGUUGUCGAUGAAAAAGUGUAAUAAAUUUGUGAUUUUUUUGGUUUGUAAAUAUGUGCUGCAAAGGUUACUUGGUAUAUAUUUUUUUAGCCUCAUUGAUAAUUGUGUAUAUUUUUUUAAUUGAUUUUGGUGUAGCACAUGUUCACUUAAUUUUUUGAUACGAGAUGAGUAAAACAAAAAUUCCAGUGAUCUAGAUUUUUAAAUAUCAAACAAUUUUUUUUUAUUUUAUACACUCGUAUUGGCCAACGAAAAAAACACAGAAGUAAUUCCAUUGUCUUUGAAUAGAUAUUUUUAAGUUAUAUUUUUCUUCAUAAAACUAAGAAAUAAAAUACAAAUAAAAAUUGUUUGUUUUAUUUUUGAGUAAAACCCCAAUGGCCUUAACUUAGGAUAUACUUAUACAAAAAAAAAAGUAACAUUUCAAAUAAUAACUAAAAUUUUUAUUAGUAAAACAUUUAUACAAAGUGGCCUAUAGUUUAUCAAAAUAAUAAUAACUGUAUUAUAGAUUCUUAUACUAUUUCAUAUUUUUCCGGGUACAAGACUGCUUCAACUGAAUGCUUAACUGGAGAAUCAUCGUCUACUAAUAAAACAUCUAUAAUCUAAAAAAAAAUUAAAUUAAUAUAAUAAUUAUUUUAAUAAAAUUAAACCUACUUACUUUAAUACUAGCAUAAGAAGUUUUCGAAGUAAAUGAAACAUUCAAUGGAAAAAAGUCCCCAGCAAUUGCUCUAGGAGCAUUAAAUUCCAUAGAGCCACUUUUAUUACUGCCAUCUACAAAAGGGAGACUCCAAACCAAUAAGUUUUUUCUAGAUUCGUGCGUAUAAGUGCCAUCACAUUCUCCAACCAAAGGAGUACAUCCAAUACUAAUUAAAACAAAAAUUAUUACAACAAAACUAAACAAAAUAAAAUAUUUCUUACGGUAAAGGAAUUGAAAUAUUAACAUCAGCAAGUUCCAAAUUUGUAUGAGCCAAUUCGUAUUCAAUAUUAACAUCGCAGCUGCCAUCUCCAGCUUCAGAAGGCCAGCAAUUGAUAAGUAAAGGCACAAAAGUCUCUUCAGUGCUUUGCAAACGCCACUUAAGCACUCCAACAUCAGAGUGUAAAGGAAACGGCUUGGCGGCUUGUUUCAAUCCAAUUUGAGAACGUACUUUAAACAAUUCCUUAUCAACUUGAGGAUGGGUUUGAAGCUGGACACCCCUAAUGUCUUUGUUUUCCAGUUGGACCCUAAUCCGGCCCCAUUUUUCAUUGCCAAUAUGCAAAGUGACCAAACCUAGGACUUCAAAUUGUUGCACCCCACCAUCUCUACCCAUACGGACAAUAAGUUUUUCUUCUAACCUCAAAUGAACAUCAUCAACCAUUUCUGCUUUAAUUGUUGGUGUUUUACUUAUGAUAUUAUUUGCUGCAGGAGUGCUGACUUUUUCUCCUUCAGAUUUCAAUUGAUCAACAAAGGAUUCAACAUCUUUGCCUUUGCUUCCCAGCUUCAUGCCGCGUUUUUGUGCAGCCACAAUAUGCUGAGGAGGCUUGACGUCGUUUUGUGGGGCCACAGGAUCAAUUGGAGUAUAGCUGUUGCUGCUAGACGAAGUCCCAAAGCCACCGCUACUGCCAAAGUUGGCUUUGAUGCCCUUUUUCAUUUGCUCGAGCUUCUGGCGUUGCAAUUCUUUUGCUUUUUCGCGCAUCUUGAGCUUGGCCUCGCGUUCUUGCGUUUGUCUAACUGCCUGGUAGACUUUUUCUUCGUGGGAGUCCAUUUCGACAAAAGUGCGAAUUUGAGAUAGGUUUACGCUUUCUCUGUAGCCUAGGGCUACGAUUUCGUCGAAGGCGAAUAUUAAAUUGAAAGCGUUAUCGAUUAUUUCGUUUUCUUCCAAGGAUCUGCAAUAUUCUGGAAUCUGUUUUUAAAAUAAAAAAGAUUACCUACAAAGUUUCAAAAAAAAAAAUAUAUAUAUAAUUCUUACAACUCUGGCAAACAGGCGAAGAGUUUCUAAGUCUUCCAGUAUGUUACUUUGUUUUGUAGUAAUCAAAAGCAUGUAUAAACGUUCCAGAGGUUGGUACACGUAACGUACAGAAUCUGUUUCGACGAAUGUAUGCUGAGUUCCUGUAGGAAUGAGUUUUGGGAAUGCUGACAGCAGCCCUUCGAUGCGGGCUUUCGUCAUCUCGACAAAUUGACGAGAAACGAUCGCUACAGUUAAUUUAAAUUAAGAGGAAAUCAAUUAAAAUGGUAAAGUUUUACUUACUUUUGC